UCAACUGCAAAACCAGCACCACUCCCAUGGCUCGCGUUUGGCUCCCUUUGGCUCUCUCGUGCCAGCUCGGUUGCGUGGAUGGCUUCUUUGUUGGGCCGCUGCCUGGCCGCGCCAACAGCUCGCCCGUGCACCAGCACCGUAGCAGUACCAUCAUCAACGGCGGCACCUACCGGGCGCCAUGGACGACUGCAGGACCGAUACUGACACUAAGCGGCGGAGGGCCGCGGGGAAGUCCGGUGGAAGCAACAGCAGUCGGUAGCAGCAGUCCCACGAGAAGCAGCAGCAGCCUUGAGGCGGCUGCCUCUUCCGCCGAGACUACAUCGCAGGUGGAGCAAGACGAGGAGGACGGCGACAGCGACAACCGCGUCCCGGUCACCCUCAUCAGUGGCUUCCUUGGUGCUGGGAAGACCUCGCUCCUGCAGAACUUGCUCAAGAAUCGGCAGGGCAUACGAAUCGGGAUGGUUGUUAACGACAUGGCGGACGUAAACGUCGACGCGAAGCUCGUACGGGACGACCCCAACGCGCAGGGAGCCGAGUCGGAUACCGUAGAGCUCCAGAAUGGAUGCAUCUGCUGUUCGAUGAGUGAAGAGCUCUUUGUGUCUGUCAACCACCUGGUCGAGAGGUCUGAGGCGAGGGGCGCCGCUUACGACCACAUCGUCAUCGAGUCCAGCGGGAUCUCCGAACCAAAGUCCGUUCGCUCGACGUUUCAAGACGCGGAGUCGUACGGGAUACCGCUCAUGCAAAAGGUGCGGAUGGACACGAUGGUGACAGUGGUGGAUGCCGGAUCCUUCUUGGAGGCGUACACCAGUUCGGAAAGAAUGAUGCACCGCCCCGAUCUGGGUGUUUUAGAGGACGACCCGGCCUUCCAGCAGUCUAUGAUGGAGGGGGGAGGGGCGCAGAGGGCGGUGGUCGACCUCCUGGUGGAACAGGUGGAGUGCGCCGACGUGCUGGUGCUGAACAAGAUGGACACCCUCGAGGAAGGCAAACAGGAAAUUCUCAUGUCGAUCCUGAUGGCGCUGAACCCGCACGCGCGAGUGAUUGGAUGCACGUACGGAAACGUUGGAAUACACGACGUGUUGGGGGUGAUGGACGGCCAGGGCGUGGCCGACUCCGGCACCAUCGAUGACCACAAGGACUCGAUGGCGGCGCUGGAGAACAGCGCGGCGGCGGCGGCGACUGCGGCGGCGGCAGCAGCAGCAGAAGCGAGUGCCGUUGAUGUUGGACACUCCCACGCGCACGCGGAGGCGCACACCCACAGCCAAGAUACGAUCCCGGAGUCGGGAUGCAGUUCGUGCCAUUCGGAGGAAGAGGCUAAGGAUAACAACGACGGGGUAGAGGUGGCCCCUUCCUGUGGCGGUCACAGCCACGAGCACAAGGAGCACGAGCACGAGGGGGAGAAGGGGCACGACAGCGACGGCUCCUCCGAGUGCAGCGAGGAGGGUCAUGGACACGACCACUCCCACAGCCACGGGCACAAGGCUAUCGGGGACGGAACGACGACCGCAGCCAAGCGGUUCGGUAUUGAUAACUUCGUCUACCGACAGCGGAGACCGUUCAACCCGGAGAGGCUGGCAGAACUGUUCAAGAGCAUGCCUAGCUCGUCGAAUCUUGCCCUCAAGGGGGUAGCUUCAGGGGCGGACGAUAGCGCCAAAGCAGCCGAUGGGACUAGCAGCAGCACUAGCGACAGCGAGGCCUUGAGGUUGGCUCUACGGAAGGUCGUGCGGUCGAAGGGAUUCAUGUGGCUCGCCUUCAGCGACAAGGCGGCCAUGUACUGGUCUCACGCCGGGGCGAGCUUUGAGGUAUUGUGUCUCGGUCGGUGGUGGGAUAGCUUGGAGCGCGAGCUGUGGCCACCAGGUUCUGCGGAAGCCGUGAUGGAGGAUUUCGAGGGCAAGUACGGGGACCGUCGACAAGAGUUGGUGUUUAUCGGCAUGGGGAUGUGCGAGGAAUCCACCAGAGGGCCCAUCGUGAAAGCACUGGAUGGCUGUCUCUUGACGGACGAAGAGAUGAAGGUGUACGAAGCUGUCCGUGAGACAGCUGACGAGCUUCCCGAGGCAUUCCCGAGCCCGCUGCGCGUCAGAUUUACUUAGAAGAUUUGCUGGCGAAAUUGCUUCGCUUACAGCAGUAGUGUGAAGUUGUUUCACCUAGUUGUUCUUGUUGCUCGGGACGAGAUGCUGGGGCGAGUGGAUACUCUCUGCUACUUUUCUGGCCGAGUCUGUCUGGGGAGCAGAAAAAAUGAAAAACUACACAACGUCUCCUAUUGUUUGUGGUACAAUAAUCAGCUGUUAGCUUCUUUCGUAUGCUAGAAAAACUUCAACUGUUGGGUUUCCCUUAUGCCCAAGAAAACGACUUGUGUAUGAAAAGAGGGAACCGUCCUCGACAGACGUUUGGGAGGUCGUACCCUCAUGAAGGGAUCUCUACAUUACUCACCCCCCCUGUCGAGAGAGCCUGGUGCGGUCAGAACCCGGCGUGCUCCGUCCCGGCUUUGUAGAGAUGGUCAAACGACUUCGGCAUGCACGAUUAUGAGUACCCCCCCCCCCCCCCCCNACCCCCCCCCCCUGUCAAAUGUUCUUGGCUGCUAGACACGAAGGCUUUUAGAUAUUGGGGGUUGUCGGAACCCGACCGGCCAGUGGGGAGUUGAUUCGCUUCCUUCACCAUUUUCUGUGCGUGAUUGCCCGCGUUCGAUACGCCCGCCACACCAUUAGACUAGAAGCUCCACGAGUUCGUGCCAUCAUUGAUCGGAUUGUCCACAUCUUUGGCCCGUUGGAAAUGCUGCACUCCAACCAAGGCACCGAAGAGUAUGAAGCCCUCAACUCUGGGUGAGCGGAGGGUCCGGAGUGUUGUGGCCAUAUGGCCUUCCGCCGGAGGCUGGCUAUUUCCUUUGGUGCAAUGUGGCGAGGGGUGCCGAGCGGGACCGAGCGAACUCAGUCAAUAGCUAUAGGGUGGUGUGGAGAGUUAGACGAGCCUUCAGUACACCCGAGAACCAAUCACACGACCAUCACACCGGGAAAGGGGCGCAAUAAUAACUGACCUGAGGCGGCGGUGUUUCCCCUCGUCCCAGCAGGUAGACGUAGCCUUGUAUUCCAACAAGGGGAACAAGCUUCGAGGAAGGCGGCAUACAUCCAACCGUUUCAAUACUCGCGACAGAUGAUGACUACAAUAGGUCACGCUGGAUCCGCCGUCAGUCUAGCCAAUGUCCUGGACUGUUGCCUUGCUUCCCCCUCCUGUGAUAGCACUCCCCGCCUCAUCUAGUCAACAGGUUGAGCGGCGUAUCGAAACAGCUCCGGCAGUUCGCUGUUCCCUCUCUAUGUAGAUACCGGUGCACACCGUGCUAGCGUAAAACAACUACGUGGGUGCAACGGCGGUCGAUCGCAGCUCUCAACUGAACAAACUAUAGGGGAAGCCAAGCAAUUGAUACUACUCUGGAGCCCUCUACUCUGGGUGAGCGGAGAGUCCGGGUUUGUGGUGGCUAUGUCCUGCCACCGGAGGUUGGCUAUUUCCUUUGGUACAAUGUGGCGAGGAACGCCAAGCGUGACCGAGCGAACUCAGUCAAGCUAGGGUGGUGCGGAGAGUGGGCGAGCCUUGGUGGACACAUUUUCCCUCCUAAAGAUCCAUCGACUCUUCGUAGCCGUUGGGAAUCACAAGAGUUGUGGACCCUCGGAGAACAGUAAUCUAUUAUCACAUAUUCCCUCAGAUCCUACUCAUCAUUUACGUGUAUCUGUGCUCCCUGAAUCUCCAUAUCCCGACCUCCACAUAGCCCCCCUUUUUCUUCGCCGAAAGCUCAGCUUGUUAAAGUUGGGUUUUGGCGCACAUGAAUGUAUGCAUGUUUCUUGUAGUGGAGCAGGUGGGGGAAUUUGUUUCCCAAGGAAGUACAAUUGUACACACACCACACAGCUCCCACACACGCGAGAGGCCACGCGCGCCUAGGAUGGCAGACAUGAGUGGCGGCAGCCGCCUCGGCUGCAGACCAAAAGGUUAUCCCUGUGACCGGUGAUGGGAGCCCAAGCCCUUCGACCGGUGAUGGGAGCCCUAGCCCUCGGACGACUCGCCUUUUUUGAUAGUAUAAGACUAUCUGUCGUGAACUUCUAUUGACUUUCGGACCCUUCGGAUCCAUAUUGUUUUGGCUCUUCCAUCUGUAGGCUACAGGACCACAGAUUGUCUGUGACAUUCAAGUGUUGAUCCAGAGAUUCGGACACAUUAUAUAUGUUGAUCCGAACGUGUUGUCGCUCUUGAUCAUCUAUAAAUCCACAGAUCAUCCGUGAUAUUUCCGACUUUUGAUCUAAAACCCAUGGAUCAUCUGUGAUAUUUCCCAUUCUUGAUCUAGUCUAUAGACACAGAUUGAUCCGAACACAUCUGCCGCUCUUGAUCUAUAAUCAAUAGAUCAUCUGUGAUAUGUCCAACUCUUGAUCUAUAGCCACAGAUUGCUCCGAACAUAUCUGCCGCUCUUGAUCUAUAUAAUCCAUAGAUCAUCGAUGAUACCUGCGUGCUCUUGAUCUAUAAUUCGCAGAUAAUCAAUGAUACUUCCAACGCUUGAUCUAUAGACCACAGAUCAUGUAGAUCAUGAUCUAUCCGACGUGUGCAAUUGUAUUCAGCCAGUUUUCCAAACUGUGGUGCUGGUGGUAUUUCCCUUUCAUUGCUGCUGUUUUAGAUGGGCAAGAUGCACGGAUAUUUCUCGUCUUUCAUUGACUCGCUUCACCCUAUGCACAACUGGCGACAGUUGUGAGCAGAUGGCAUACAUACGGUCCUCGGCAAGGCGGGCCAAAGAUACUGAUAAUCCGAUCAAUGAUUACACGUGCUACGGUUUCAGCAGCUAGUUUUGUUUGGAACUGGUGUGAGAAUUGCAUAACGCGUCAAGUGGACCAUCAUCAUGGAAAGCACGUAUUUACAUCUCGGCUGCUGACAUUGAGAGUGAUUUGUACUCGACCAGAUCGACCGAUACUCUUUCAAAUGGCCGCUGUACAGAGUAGUGUUGUUGGCUUUUGUUGGAUCGCUGGCUAAAGUAUGCUACGAUAUUCACGUCAUCGCCAUUCUGUUGUGUCAGAAAUGCUCCUGCUCCCACUUCAGAUGCGUCUACGUGAAUAACAAACUCUUACGAGAAGUCCGGAAAAUGUAAAACAGUAGCGUU